GCACUUCUCUCCUGAAUGAUAAGUGCGCUAGGAAGUUCGUCUCGGGGCAAAAAGGCAAAGAUCGAUGAUGUAGAAGGCAAGCAAGGUUGCCUCGAGAUAAUUAUUGCUGAGUCAAAUGAGAGGGCUUCUGCAUAGCUUGUGUACUGCCUGUUGGCUGGCAAAUGGUCGUGUCCCGACCGUCUGUGCUCACAAAAUCACAUAAGUCCUUUGCUCUCAUGACUCCGGUCUUCCUUCGAAGUAAGAGUGCUCCUGACCUCCGUCCUUCCUGUGAUAUCAAUGCAGUCCGCUGCUCUCGUCAGGUAAGGGAAGACGAGGGCAGCCUGACUCCCGAAGUGCCGGUCUUCUUCUUGCCUUUCCACUUCUUCUUCAACGAGUCCAGCAGCUUCUUCAAUUUCCCCUUCCGCUCAGCCACAGCCGUCCGCGGCGCUGCCUCCGGGCUGACGAUCGGCGUCGGACUACCACUUGGGGUAUGGAUAUUGAGUUCUGAGGAUUGUGCGCUCGCACAGCGAGUGGGCGGCAAGCCUCGUGGAGAGCAGGGCAUUGACGGUGGGGGCGUCGAAGGCAGUAUGAAUGCGCCGAGGUCGCGAGCAGCGUCUCCUCCUUCUGACGAGCUGCUCGAGGACGACUGCUGUAGCUCUGGUAUGCGCUCCCCCCGGCGAUUGCGACGAUAUCCACUCGGGGGCGAAGUGCGAGCGGUCAAUCUGCUGGGCCUGGCAGUAGUCUGUGAUGCCGCUAUGGAGACCACCAGCAGGAUGAUGAAGCACAAAGAAAGCUUCAUCGCUGGAAGCCUAAGACCAGCUUGAGCGACCAGCGCGUAACGCAGAAUAGAGUCUAUCCAAAGAGUAUGCCACGGCAGCAUCAACGAGCUCAUUACAUAGGAUCGGCAAAGUUACAGAUGUCCGACUGGAAGGGCGUCUUUGUCGAGAGCAAACUCAAACGGGUUGGAAAGGUCCGAGCUGUGCCUCCU